UAUCCCCAGCAGCAUCCUCUUCAAAAGUUCUGUUAAUCCUUCAAAAUAAGACUCCCAAACAGUCUUGAAAGCAUCUGAAGUUUAUACAAAAUAGUUUAUCAGUACUCAGCACAGUGUUGUUCAGACCAAAUCCAAAUCAGGGGCUUCAUAUCAUGAAGGCGUUCACUCUUCGUUUUUGCAAAUGAAAUCACUUAUAAGACGGGAACUUUAAAAACUAUAAACAUCAUUAUGAUUCUGACCUGCUCUGUAAAUAUGGUCUCGUUCAUGAGAGGCAAAUGAACAAGACGAAGCAGAUCGGGGCAGUCAUGCUGCUGGACCAGUCUGUUGUGCUGAGCCGGUUCAUGGGAACACUUUAGGAUCUCACCAGGAGCUGGUGGAAGUGGCUGGAGGAACUUGGAAGUCUGGGAAUUCUUGUUCACCAACAACCCAAUCCAGGUUAGCGAAAAUCAACAACACACUGUGUUUGCAGCUCAUUUAGUUAGUUUAUUUACUUAGAUCCGAUGCUGACAACAACAACCCUUCAGUGGAAAAAGUCAGAUGCAAGUUAUUGAAGUUGUUGGAAUAUUAAUUUACAAAGUUUUUCGGGUGUGGCGUGACCUCCCGAGCUUACGUCAUUGGACUAGCAUGUUAGCUGUCCAAUCAGAUCUUUGUAUUUUAUCUGGUCCAGCCAAUCGCUACGGCAUGGAGGCGGAUCUCUGUGAGACAUGAAAUGUCUCUUUCAUGUGGGCUUCUGGCCAACAGGUACGCAGGUACGGAGCCUGUUCCCGGUAGUUUUAUAGUUUUAGUGAUCGAGUGAUGAAUAUUUCAGAGACGUUGGACUUUUCCUGGUGCUAGCGAAGAAGCGCGUGGGUGUCAGUAAACUCAAAAUGUGUGGUAAGUGUUUAUUACUGAUACAAAUAAUAACUUCAUGUGCGUUUGUAUACACGUUUAAGAUAUUUUGGAUUAAUACAUUCGCAUAUUACGUUGUUUAUAAACGUUCCGUCGCAAAACAACUGGCUGUUUCGGUGACUGGAGUCAAUUUUUGGCGAGCCGCAUUUCUGUGCGCUGUCCAAGGUGCUGAGGCUCUAUUGAGAGUUUGAGGGAACCCCAAGGUGACGACAAGUGAUGGGACUUUUCACGGGUUAGGUUUACAGACACAUAACCAUGGAGACGCCAUGUGACUCAAGCGAGUCAGAUCUGCCAUUAAAAAUAACGUCAAGUCCCAUUUCUGACCUCCCCUGCUGCUAGAAGCCUCAGUGAGGUGGACAUGUGGGAGUUGGUUUUGUGUUGAUUUGUGCACCAAUAAAUGUUGGUUUUUGAGGUUCAGACAGGUGAGAGAGAUGCACCAUGGGCAGGAAUGGGCCACAGUGGAAGCCACAGAGUCUGUUACCAUGUCACACAUCAACCUGCAUUGGCUCCUCCACCUGGAGCUGAGUGGGAGUGAAAGGAGAUCCCGUCAGCCUCCAUGGCUUCCUCAUCAGACCCGUCCCGCAGGGAGAAGACCUCCGGGACACACGGGAUGCACACAGCUACACGUAAUCUCUUGCGAAAGAAGGAGCAGCGCCAGCGUGGAAUCCGAUCCUCUUCGCCCAUGGGUCGGGUCAUCCUCAUCAACUCUCCUGUGGACGGUGGAGAUGACAGUGAGGACCUCCACACCAUCACAGUGGAUAAGAGUUUGGACGGGAAGCUAGGGUUCAGCGUGCGCGGAGGCUCAGAACAUGGCCUCGGCAUCUUUGUCAGUAAGGUGGAGGAUGACAGCACAGCAGAGGAGGCAGGCCUGCAAGUGGGAGAUAAACUGGUGGAGGUGAAUGGCGUCAGCCUGGAGAGCAUCACCAUGAGCAGUGCCGUGAAGGUCUUGACAGGCAACAACAGGCUGAGGAUGGUGGUGAGGAGGGUCGGGAAAGUCCCUGGCAUCCGCUAUUCCAAAGAGAAAACUACCUGGGUGGACCUGGUCCACAGGCGAAUGGUGGUGGAGGAGAGUGGACGGACACCUUCAGAAGUCAGCUCAGGCAGCUCCUUGCACAGGAUCGUCCACCUUUACACAACCUCUGAUGACUACUGUCUGGGCUUCAACAUACGAGGGGGGAAGGAGUUUGGACUGGGCAUCUAUGUGUCCAAACUGGACUCAGGCGGUCUGGCCGAGCAGAACGGAAUUAAGAUGGGGGACCAGAUCCUGGCUGCUAAUGGUGUGAGCUUUGAGGACAUCAGCCACAGCAGUGCUGUGGAGGUGCUGAAGAGCCACACUCACAUCAUGCUGACCAUCAAGGAAGCAGGACGUUAUCCAGCCUACAAAGAGAUGGUGGCAGAAUACAGGUGGCUCAAUAAAUUGGCCAAUGGUGUUCAGCAGUCGUCCUCCCAAGCAUCCGACUCCAACUCCUCAGCCUCCUCUUUGUCUUCCGGGACUCCGGUCAGCUCUCUGAGUGGCCUGUCCCAGGUCAUGUUUCCACCCAGCCUGUCGUUUGGUUCAGACAUGGUAGACGUCUGCAUCUCCACCGAGGACCUGAGGUCUGAGUCAGAGCUAACUGAGACAGCCAUCCAGACGGACAUUCCCUCUCAGAAAAUGGCCACAGAUACGACUCGCAGCCUCGGACCAACAACUCUGCUCAAAGACACGGCAAUCCGUGGAGAGGAGGGUAGCAGACGAUGGAAAGAGUCGCCCAAGACGGCCGUGCUGCUGGCGCUCAGCAGACCCAGCCGACCCAUCAGCAGGUCGCAGAGCCAAGUCACCGUUGCAGAGAUCAAGCAGAAGAAAGGGAAGAAUCAGAAGGGGAAAGAUCAAGAGGAAAAAAGCACCCUGCAGCGCUCAAAGACUUUUGUUAAUCUGUUGUUCAAAGGAGGACGCAAGAGAGACACGUCCAGCGGGCGCUCCAAGUCUCCAUCCAGAGAGACGGCCACUAAAGGUAGCUAAUCCAGCUGGUGGUUUCUCUCAGUAAGCUGUUAAAUCUGUUAUCCCAUCCAUCUUUGUUUCAUUUUAAUCAGUUUUUUUCUUUCAAACAUCAAAAGCUCAAUAAAUAUGGUCACAUUUGUUUAUGGUUAUUGUCCUAUGAUUUUUAAUACCUUAUUUUGCAAUAAUCACAAAUUAUUACAGGUUUAAUAAGUAGAUUCAAUGCU